GGCUGUAUGUGGGCCCAAACCAGCGGAAUUCAUCCAAUUAAAAAAGCGAUAUAAAUAUUUAAGUUUUGCGCCAAACAAGCCCUACUUAAUUUGGAAGCACGAACCGAAUCUGAAUGGCCGCUCUAGAAGAAGACCAAGACGACGUCGUUAUAAACCCCGCCACAAUGCUCCUCCGCGACGACGACUCCGACUCCGACGAGGUCAAGAUGGUGGAGAGCGAACAGCUCCGGCAGCAUUCUCUGCCUUCGAUCGACUCCACAAUCGUCACCAGGCAGCUCCCCUCGCAGGGUCUCUCCUUUCAGCUCUGGCCGGCGGCCACCACGCUCCUCACUCUCCUGGACGACCACCGCCGUGAUCCCACCACGAGCCCCCUUGGCCCCACGCUCUCGGCCUUGGAAUCCGGCCGGAGACUCAAGAUCCUCGAACUAGGUUCUGGAACCGGCCUCGUCGGAAUAGCCGCCGCCGCCACGCUCGGCGCGUGCGUCACUGUGACGGACCUCCCUCACGUCGUCGACAACCUUAAGUUCAAUGCGGAACUAAACGCCGCCGCUUUGGGAGGGAGCGGCGGGAGUGUGAGAGUGGCGGCGCUGAGGUGGGGAGAGGGGGAGGACGCGGAGGCGAUAGGGCGGGAGUUUGAUAUUGUAUUGGCGUCGGAUGUAGUGUAUCACGACCACCUCUACGAGCCGCUGCUCAAAACGCUGUCGUUUCUGCUGUUGGGGGAGGGCGGCGUGGUGUUUGUGAUGGCCCACUUGAGGAGGUGGAAGAAGGAGUCGGCCUUCUUCAAGAGGGCCAGGAAGCUUUUUGAGGUUGAGGUCUUGCACGUGGAUCGUCCGUGCCAGGGAUCGCGGGUCGGAGUUACUGUUUACCGUUUUACCGGGAAGCCAAGUGUUGGGGAGCGAUCAAUUUUCCAUCUUUAUAAACAAACCAAAUCAAAACGAUUCUUUGUUUUCAAAUAUUAUACGACAUAAAUAACCAAACAAUCAAAACUCACAACUCUCACACAAUGUACAAUUCGCCUUGUCGGU